AUGUCCGGCCCUAUCAACUCUAAUCGCCCAAUCCGGGUUAUCAUCAUUGGUGCUGGUGCAAGCGGUCUGCUGAUGGCCUACAAGCUUCAACGGAACUUCGACGACGUCACCUUCCAGAUAUACGAGAAGAAUUCUGAUGUCGGUGGCACGUGGUACGAGAAUCGUUAUCCGGGUUGCGCUUGCGAUAAUCCUUCUCAUACAUACGUCUGGUCCUUUGACCCCAAUCCCACGUGGUCGAGCUCGUACGCUUCCUCUUCCGAGAUCUUUGAUUACUUUAAGAAAUUCCAAUAUCGCUACAAUUUGGGCGAGGUUACCAAGGUUAACCACCAGGUCGUCGGUGCACGGUGGAAUGAGGCAUCGGGCAAGUGGAAGGUUAAGAUAGAAGAUACGACUACGCAUGAACUCAUCCACGAUUCAUGCGACGUCCUCGUCAACGCCGGAGGUAUCCUUAAUGCUUGGCGAUGGCCCGGAAUUCCUGGCCUUAAAUCAUUCAAGGGUCCCUUGGUGCACAGCGCUGCAUGGGAUGGGAAGCUCGACCUUAAGGGAAAGCAUGUCGGUCUCAUUGGAAACGGGUCAUCGGGAAUUCAGAUCUUGCCAGCGAUUCUCCCCGACGUCGCCAAGUGUACGACCUUUAUCCGCGAGCCGACCUGGGUCGCCGUGGCGGGCUUUGCUGGAUUUGAAGCUCGAAAGUUCACCGAAGAGGAGAGGGCCGAAUUCGAGAACGACCCCGACAAGCUUCAGACGUUUAGGCGGUGGCUCGAGCAUAACGCCAACAAGACGUUCCCGCUGUUCAUCGACAACACUCCGGCACAGAAGUUUGCCCAUGAGUCGUUCAUUGCCGCCAUGAAGGAGAAGCUGCAGGACGAGUACCUCGAGGACAAGUUGAUCCCUGAGUGGGGAGUUGGCUGUCGUCGACUCACUCCUGGCAUUGGAUACUUGGAGUCUCUCAAACACGAAAAAACCAAGGUCAUCUACGGAGAGAUUGAGAAGAUCACCGAAAACGGCUGUGUCACAGAAGAUGGAAAGGAGCAUCCAGUUGAUGUUCUCAUCUGCGCAACCGGAUUCGAUACCACUUUCAAGCCUCGCUUCCCUCUGAUCGGACCCCACGGCCGUAAUCUCGCGGACGAUUGGGUGAACGAACCCAAGGGAUAUCUUGGCGUCAGCGCGCCUGGGUAUCCAAACUACUUCAUGUUCCUCGGGCCUAACAGCCCCAUUGGAAACGGACCGGUACUGGUAGGGAUUGAAGCCCAAGCCGAUUACAUCUGCCGCAUCAUCACGCGAAUCCAGCAGCAGGCGAUCAAGGCCAUCGAAGUGACCCAAGAGGCCGUCGACGAUUUCAUCGCCUACAAAGAUGAAUACAUGGAGCGCACCGUAUGGCAGCAAGAUUGUCGAUCGUGGUACAAGGGCAAUACCAUUGGGGGUAAGAUCGUGGCGCUCUGGCCUGGAAGCACUCUGCAUUACCUCGAGACGAUGAAGGAAGUGCGCUACGAGGACUUCAAAAUCAAGUCCUUCGGGAAUAGGUUUGACUACCUCGGCGACGGCAUGACCAAGGCAGAAAAGGUCGGGGAUGCUGAUCUGGCGACGUAUGUGAGGAAGACGGAUGACUCGCCAAUCGUUGGUUCCAAGUUUGUAUACACCAAGGCUGGCCCGGAGCUCUCGGAAUUGACCCUUAUUACCGCCAAGGCCGAGGAGAAGAAGUGA